AUGAAGAUAAGGCUGUCUCUGGCAGCGGCUGCCUUCCUUGCAGUGCUACUAUCCUCCGCCGUGGCCCAAGUUGAACCACCUUCAGACUUGAGAUUUAAGAUUUUAAAUGAGAACACAGUACAAAUGACAUGGAAAGCGCCGUUAACACGGAUAGAAGGAUUCAGGAUACAGGUGGCCUCAGACACAGACAAACCAACAAAAGAUUUAACCCUCCCUGCCACAGCCACUAAGACAUUCAUUACAGACCUUACUCCAGACAUGGACUAUGUAGUAACAAUCAUCUCAUACUCUGGCUCAGAGGAAAGUUUGCCCACCUCAGGACAGCUCACAAUCCAGUCAAGUGGCACAGCACAAGGAGGUCCCAGGAAACCACAGGUCACAGACUCCGUCAAGUGUUCUUACAGUGCCAUCGCAGAUCUGGUGUUCCUGGUUGAUGGUUCAUGGAACGUUGGAAGAGACCACUUUAAAUACAUCCGUAGCUUCAUCUCUGCCAUGGCGGGAGCCUUUGAGAUUGGGGAGGACAAGACCAGGGUAGGUGUGGUCCAGUACCAUACUGAUACCAGGACAGAGUUUAACCUCAACCAGCACAUGAAACGGGGCGAACUUCUCAGAGCCAUCAACACACUGCCUUACAUGGGUGGCAACACCAUGACAGGCGAGGCCAUGGACUAUCUGCUGAAAAACACUUUCACUGAGGCAAAUGGUGCCAGGAAAGGCUUUCCCAAGGUGGCCAUGAUUAUCACAGAUGGGAAGUCUCAAGACCCUGUGGAGGCGAUCGCCAAGAAACUCCAGAACAUGGGGGUGGAGAUCUUCACGUUGGGGAUCAAAGGAGCAGAUGAUGAGGAGCUGAAACAAAUGGCUUCGACCCCCUACAGGACGCACGUCUAUAACGUCUUCAACUUUGACCUUAUCAAGGAUGUGCAGAAAGAGCUCAUUACCAAUGUGUGCUCGGGGGUGGAUGAUCAACUCAACUCACUCAUCAGCGGAGAGGAAGUUAUUGAACCAGCAUCAAACCUCCAAGUUGUGGAGGUGGCCUCCAAGUCUAUGAGGGUGACAUGGGAUGCUUCCAUUGGAGAUGUGUCGGGUUACAAGAUCCAGCUGAUCCCCAUGAUGGCCGGCAGCAAGCGCCAGGAGCUGUACGUAAGCCCCGGCCAGACCUCAGCAACAGUUACGGGCCUGUCUCCAGACACAGAGUACCAGAUCAGCCUGUUCGCCCUCAAGGGCCUCACGCCCAGCGAGCCCAUCAUGGCCAUGGAGAAGACUGAGCCAGUCAAGGUGUCCCUUGAAUGUUCUCUUGGAGUGGACGUGCAAGCCGACGUUGUCAUUCUGGUCGACGGCUCAUACAGUAUCGGACUGUCCAACUUCGCUAAAGUCAGAUCUUUCCUGGAGGUGCUGGUGAACUCCUUUGACAUCGGACCAGACAAGAUUCAGAUCAGCUUGGUUCAGUACAGCAGGGACGCUCACACUGAGUUCUACCUGAACACCCACCGCGAUCUGAGCGCUGUGGUCAAGGCCGUCCGGACUUUCCCCUACCGUGGCGGCUCCACCAACACCGGCCGGGCCAUGACUUACGUUAGGGAGAAGGUAUUCUUGGCCAACCGAGGAUCACGGCCGAACGUGCCCCGCGUCACCAUCCUCAUCACUGAUGGGAAGUCAUCCGACUCCUUCAAGGACCCUGCCACCAAGCUAAAGAAAGCGGACGUGGAGAUCUUUGCCGUGGGUGUGAAGGAUGCCGUGAGAUCUGAGCUGGAAGCCAUUGCUAACGAGCCCGUGGAGACCCAUGUGUACACCGUGGAAGACUUUGAUGCUUUCCAGAGGAUCUCCAAGGAGCUCACCCAGUCCAUCUGCCUGAGGAUCGAGCAGGAGCUCCUCAACAUCAAGAAGAGAAGCUUACUGCCACCGAGGUCGUUAACGUUCUCUGAGGUGGCCACCAGGAGCUUCAGAGCUACCUGGGAGACCGAUGCCUUCAACGUCCUGUCCUACCUGAUCCAGUUCAGACCGGCUGCUGACACCAACGGGGACUUUGUGUCCAUGUCCGUGCCCGGGGACACGCUCACCGCUCUGCUGCCUCACCUCACGCCCGUCACCCUCUACGAGGUCAACGUCUUCGCCCAGUACGCCCAAGGAGACAGCUUCCCUCUGAAUGGAUUCGAGACCACACUAGAUGAACAAGGAACAGUGAGUAACCUGAGGGUGUCCGAGGAAACAACAGACAGUUUCCUGGUGUCGUGGGCGCCGGCACCAGGAGCGGUGGUACGGUACCGUCUGACCUAUGUACCAGUAAGGGGCGACAGCGCAAGACUAGAGACGGUCACUGUCGGCCAAGAGACCACCAUCGUGCUGCCGGAGCUAAACCCCUUAACGACGUACCGUGUGACGGUAGCUGCAGAGUACCAGUUAGGCACUGGCGGAGAGAUGCAGAUCGAUGGCACCACCAAAGAAGGGCAGGGAUCUCCACGGGACCUGCGGGUCUUCGACGAGACUAUGUCCACCAUGAAGCUGUCGUGGGCGGCGGCACCGGGCCGCGUCCUCCAGUACCGUAUCAAUUUCCAUCCGUCGGCGGGUGGCGAGAGGAAGGAGGUGUCAGUGAAGGGAGAGAACACCAACGUCCUCCUGAAGAACCUGCAGCCUGGCACUGAGUACGACCUGGCCGUCAGCGCACGCUACUCCUCUGGCCUAGGAGACCCUCUGAAGGGGAAAGGAACCACACUGGAAGAACUGGGCUCCCCCAAGGACCUUGUCACCAGCGACGUGACGGACACCAGCUUCGCUGCGUCUUGGACGGCUGCCCUUGGGAACGUGAAUAUGUACAGGAUCCGCUGGAAGUCCAUGUACAGUGACGAGUCAGGGGAGAAGAUGGUCCCUGGAGACGUCACCAACACCGUGCUGGAGGGCCUUACCCCUGAGACCCUCUACCAGGUGUCUGUCCUGGCCUCCUAUGGCAGAGGAGACGGAAGCCCGCUGACUGGACAGGAGACCACUGAUGUGUCUGCUGCUGCUGAGGCGCUUACUGUGUCCGACGAGACUGAGCGAAGCAUGAAGGUAACGUGGAUGGCCGCGCCGGGUAAAGUCAUCAACUACCGAGUGACAUACACGCCCACCGCUGGGGGCAAAGAGAUGGUUGCUAGGGUUCCCGGCACCUCAACUUCCACCGUGCUGAAGCGCCUGACGCCCAUGACCACCUAUGGCAUCAAGGUGCACCCCAUUUACAAGCGGGGAGAAGGAAAAGCAAGGCAAGGAGUAGGAACGACACUGUCACCUUACAAAGCUCCCAGAAACCUACAGACCUCAGAGCCCGGCAAGAACAGUUUCAGAGUCUCCUGGGACCCAGCUCCAGGAGAUGUUCGUGGCUACAAGGUCACCUUCCACCCCAGUGGCGAUGAUAUCGACCUGGGAGAGCUGUUGGUUGGGCCCCAUGACAACACUGUGGUGCUUGAGGAGCUCAGGGCCGGAACAAAGUACUCUGUGACUGUGUUUGGAAUGUUUGAUGGAGGCCACUCUGCAGCACUGGCUGGAGAGGAGAAGACUACCCUCUCCGACGCCCCCGAAGUGCCAUUGGAAUCUUGGAACGUUGAUUGUAAGAGCCAGGCCAAGGCUGACAUCAUCCUGCUGGUCGAUGGCUCAUGGAGUAUUGGCCGUCUCAACUUCAAAACCAUCCGAGCCUUCAUCGCUCGCAUUGUUGGUGUAUUUGACAUCAGCCCUGAGAGAGUCAUGAUCGGUAUGGUUCAGUACAGUGGAGACCCCAAGACUGAGUGGCAUCUGAAUGCCCACCCAACCCGUGACGGGCUGCUCAAAGCUGUGGCUGACCUGCCCUACAAAGGGGGAAACACCAUGACAGGUAUGGCAUUGAACUACAUCCUCCAGAACAACUUCAAGCCCAACGUGGGACUGCGUAAAGACUCACGCAAGAUCGGUGUGCUCAUCACUGACGGCAAGUCGCAGGAUGAGAUCAUCACCAACUCCCAGGUGCUGAGGGACGAAAACAUCGAGCUCUACGCCAUCGGUGUGAAGAACGCUGAUGAGAAUGAGUUGAGGUCCAUUGCCUCAGACCCAGAUGAGAUUCACAUGUACAACGUGAAUGACUUCUCCUUUCUGCUGGAUAUAGUUGAUGAGCUCACCAUCAACCUCUGUAACAGUGUGAAGGGUCCAGGAGGCCUGGAGCCGCCUACUAACCUAGUGACUUCCGAGGUGACCCACCACUCGUUCCGUGCCACCUGGACAGGGCCCGAAGGUCCAGUGGAAAAGUAUCGCAUCGACUACAUGCCCGUGGCGGGAGGAGUCACUGAACAGAUGAUUGUCGAUGGGACGGUCACCACUGUGGUCCUGACCAAGCUGACACCUCUGACCGAGUACAUGGUCAACGUUUUCUCCGUGACUGGAGAGGAGAUCAGCGCAGAGCCGCUGAAGGGCACUGAAACCACCUUACCCUUGCCACUAUCGGGUAAGCUGCGGAUCACUGCUGUCACCCAUAGCACCAUGAAGCUCAGAUGGGACGCCUCCCCGGGGAAAGUCCUCAAGUACAUCAUCACCUACAAGCCAGAUGACGGAGAGCUCAAAGAGGUUGAAGUCAAUGGCGAUAUAACAUCCCUGCCUCUUGCCAACCUCAUCUCUCAAUCUGAGUAUGAUGUUGCUGUCACCCCAGUUUACGAUGCAGGUGUUGGAAACCCAAUGCUUGGACAAGCCAUUACAGAUGUUGUUCCUGCCCCGCAGAACCUGAAGUUGUCCGAGGUGACCCAGACCUCGUUCAGGGCCACAUGGGAACACGGGGCCCCUGACGUGGCCCUCUACCGAAUCGGCUGGACCAAGAAGGGAGAGAACAACUUCCAAUAUGCUAUCCUGAACAGUGAUGAAACGUCCCAUAAUCUGGAGAACUUGGACCCGGACACCCUGUAUGAUGUCACCGUCACGGCCAUCUACCCAGACGAGUCAGAGAGUGAGGACCUGAUUGGCAGCCAGCGCACAUUGUUAAAGAUGACUACAGCUGCUCCCACUGGACCUCCGCAGAACUUGCAGGUGUUCAACGCGACCACGGUCACUCUGACAGUGAAGUGGGACCACGCCCCAGGCCCCGUCCAGAACUACAAGAUCUCUUUCCAACCUGUGGCUGGAGGCAAAGCUCUCUCGACCCAGGUGGGAGGAAAGAAGAACAGUGUAAUCCUCCAGAAGCUGACGCCUGACACUCCCUACUCUGUCACCGUGGCAGCUAUCUACCCCAGCGGAGAGGCCAAAGACAUCUCAGGCCAAGGAAAGACCCAGGCGUUGGGUGGGGUGAAGAACCUGCAGGUCACCGACCCCUCUACUAGCUCCCUCAAGGUGCGCUGGGAGCCAGCGGAGGGCAACGUGCGUCAGUACCGCCUCUUCUACGUCCCUGCCUCUGGCGGAGCCGAGGACAUGGAGCAAGUGUCUGGUGGCACCACCAACACCAUCCUAAGGAACCUUCUCUCAGACACGCUGUACACUGUCACCGUGGUCCCCGUCUACCCCGAGGGAGAGGGCCUGCGCCAGUCAGAGACUGGAAAGACGCUUCCACGAACCCCUCCUAAGAACAUCCAGAUCUACAACCCCACUACCAACAGCCUGAACGUGCGCUGGGAGCCCGCCUCUGGCCAGGUGCAGCAGUACCGCAUCGUCUACGCACCUCUGUCUGGAGACAGACCCGCCGAGACAGUCCUGGUCCCGGGAAACAUCAACAACGCGUUCCUGGACUCGCUCAUUCCCGACACGCCGUACUCGAUCAGUGUCCUGGCUCUGUAUGCCGAUGGGGAGGGCUCACCAGUGAAGGGAGACGGCAAAACAUUGCCCCGUGUUGGACCUAGGAACCUGCGGGUGUUUGAUGCCACCACCAACACUCUGACCAUCGUUUGGGACCACGCGGAGGGCCCAGUGCAGCAAUACAAGAUCGCCUACGCCCCCACCACUGGAGACCCCAUCACUGAGUUUACGGUUGUUCCUGGCAACAGAAACAAUGCCAUCCUGCAGAACCUGCUUCCUGACACUCCCUACAGCAUAACUGUUGAAGCCAUCUAUGCUGAUGGAGCAGGGCCAUCUCUGAUCGGGCCCGGACGCACAGUCGGCCUGCUGGAGCCCUUGAGCCUGCGCGUCUCAGACGAGUGGUACACCCGCUUCCGUGUGGCCUGGGACCCCUCGCCGUCUCCAGUGCUCGGAUACAAGCUGGUCUACACGCCUGCGGAUCAGAGUAAGAGCUUGGACGUAUUUGUGGGUGACGUGACCUCAUACACCCUCCAGAACCUGCUCCCUGGCACCACCUACGAUGUCAAAGUGUUUGCCCAGUAUGGGGCUGGCAUGAGCGGGGCCCUUGAAGGACAGGGAACAACACUCUACCUGAACGUCACCAACAUCGAGAACUACAACGUUGGCUUCGACAAGUUCUGCAUCAAGUGGAGUCCUCACAGGGCUGCCACUUCCUACAGGAUCAAGCUCAACCCUCUGGACCGUAAUAAAGGUCAGCAGGAGAUCACCAUCACUGCAGCUCAGAGCCAGUACUGCUUCGAGGGUCUCUCCCCGGACGCUCUCUACAGCGCCACCGUGUUCGUUCAGACCCCCAACUUGGAGGGCCCCGGAGUCAGCACCAAGGAGAGAACCCUGGUCAAGCCUACUGAAGCGCCAACACAACCCCCCACUCCUCCACCACCUCCUACCAUCCCCCCUGCAUGGGCAGUGUGCAAAGGUGCCAAGGCAGAUGUGGUGUUCCUUAUCGACGGCUCGUGGAGUAUCGGGGAAGAGAACUUCCGGAAAGUGGUGCAGUUCGUCUUCAGCAUGAUUGGAGCCUUCGACGUCAUCGGAUCGACAGGAAUGCAGGUGUCGUUCGUUCAGUACAGCGACGAAGCAAAGACAGAGUUCAGGCUGAACUCUUACUCGGACAAGGGCAGCGGUCUCGCUGCUCUACAGCUCAUUCAGUACAGAGGAGGAAACACUAAGACCGGUGUUGCUCUGAAGCAUGUCAAGGAGAAGGUAUUUACGUCUGAAAAUGGAAUGAGGAGGAAUGUCCCCAAGGUUGUGGUAGCUGUCACAGACGGUCGUUCUCAGGAUGAGGUGAAGAAAACCGCUGCCGCACUGCAGCAUGCUGGUUACAGUGUGUUUGUGGUUGGUGUUGCCGAUGUGGAUUAUGCUGAGCUGCAGAACAUUGGGAGCAAGCCAAGCGACAGGCACAUCUUCGUUGUGGACGACUUCGAUGCCUUUGCAACUAUCCAAGACAACCUUGUGACCUUCAUUUGCGAAACCGCAACAUCAUCUUGUCCCCUGAUCUACCUAAAUGGAUUCACAUCACCUGGCUUCAGGAUGCUGGAGGCAUUCAACCUGACAGAGAAGACCUAUGGCUAUAUCAAGGGAGUGUCUAUGGAACCUGGUUCCUUCAACAGCCACACAGCCUAUAGACUCCAUAAGAACUCCUUCCUGACCCAGCCCACCACAGAGAUCCACCCUGACGGACUACCUCACUCCUAUACCAUCAUCAUGAUGUUCCGUCUUCUCCCGGACACACCCACUGAGGCCUUCGACAUCUGGCAGGUGUCCACCAAGGACGACAAGCCUGAAGUCGGGGUCACCAUCGAUCCUUCUAGCCAAACUAUAUCGUAUUAUAACAAGGAUACGAGGGGGGAGAUCCAGAGGGUCACUUUCGACAAUGAUCAAGUGAAGAGAAUCUUCCAUGGAAGCUUCCACAAGCUCCACAUCCUUGUUUCCCCCACCAAAGUCAAGCUGAACCUCGACUGCCAAGAGGUGGCGGACAAGGAGAUUAAGGAAGCUGGAAACACGUCCAUGGACGGCUAUCAAGUCCUAGGCAAAAUGUCCAAGUCCACUGGCUCCAAGGGGAAAAGUGCAACUUUCCAGCUCCAGAUGUUUGAUAUUGUGUGCACCCUGGGCUGGACGAGCAGAGACAGAUGCUGUGACCUUCCAUCUAUGAGAGAGGAGUCCAAGUGCCCGUCCCUCCCCAAAGCCUGCACAUGCACCUCAGAGAGCACAGGCCCCCAGGGACCACAGGGGGCAGUGGGCGCACCUGGGAGCAAAGGUCCCCGGGGUGAAAGAGGGGAGACUGGCCCGGCUGGUCCAAUUGGACCACGUGGAGAUACAGGCUUGCCAGGACCUAUGGGUCUGCCCGGCCCUCAAGGACGCAGUGGGCUGUCUAUUCCAGGAGAAGCUGGCCGACAAGGACCAAAAGGAGAAGCUGGUGAUUCUGGGCUACCUGGACAGAAAGGUCCACCUGGGGUAGCUGGGACCAUCGGCCCAAUUGGACCUGCUGGACCUAGGGGACCCCAAGGAAAGGAGGGACAGGCCGGAUCCAGAGGCCCAACAGGACCAUUGGGGCCUCCCGGAUCUCCUGGAAUGCCUGGUGCUUCAGGAAAACCAGGAAAGUCUGGUGACAGAGGUGUUUCGGGAGCCAAUGGUAUGAAAGGGGACAGAGGAGAGAGAGGUGACUUUGCUCCUCAGAACAUGAUGCGAUCCAUUGCCAGACAAGUGUGCGAGCAGAUAGUUAACGGACAAAUGAGUCGAGUCAAUUCGAUGCUGAACCAGAUUCCCAGCGGUUACCGUAGCAGCAACAACCCAGGUCCCCCCGGAUCCCCAGGGCCCAGCGGUAACCAGGGUCCCCGUGGAGAGCCCGGACAGACAGGCAGGAACGGAUUCCCAGGAAGUCCUGGACAACCUGGCCCGCAAGGAGAGAGAGGCCCGGCAGGAGAGAAAGGUGAUCAAGGAACACCAGGAGUCGGACAGAGAGGACAAAGAGGACCACCUGGCCCAGCAGGCGAGACACGGACCGGCCCUCCAGGCCCCGCAGGCUCCACCGGGCCCCGCGGUCCUCCUGGGCGCCAAGGGUUCGCAGGUAUUAGGGGCCAACCUGGCACUCCUGGCUACUGUGACUCUUCCCAGUGUGUCGGCAUUCCUUACAAUGGACAAGGAUACCAAGAGCCAUAUUCACCUGAGCCUGAAACCUACGUAGUCCCAACACCUGAAGAAGAAGAUGACACACAAAACGAGCGUUGAGAGAGGUCACUAUCAAGAAAGGAAUCCAAAAGGAUAGCGUCAUAAAAUAGGUUAUUUUUUGUUCUUCUUGCGUUUGUUUUUGUUUUGUUCACAUAUGGUGUCAUUAAGUGCUAUGCACAUUUCACUAAAAAGAGGUUUGAUACCUCAUCUAUAUUUGGAAGUACCUUAAAUCAUAUGUGAAUUCAUCUUUUGUUGGGGGGAGGGGGAAACAAAAACAAAAUCCUAUACAUUUUUCCAUGACAAUCUGUGAGCUUGCUGUUUUUUCCUAUUGUGUCUUUUGCUUGUAACAUAUCUGCAUUAAGUGUUUAUCGAAUUGCAGUGUUGGACAAUGCAAAUGUUUGUUCACACAGUGUUGGGCAUCCAAUGAAAAACACUUCUCUUUUCAAUCACGGUUCAUUCCAAAUGUCUGAUUAUCAAAUGAUGUUUUAUUCCUAUUUUAUACUUUUGCUCUCUUUUUCACUUGAAAGAUGGUCAUCUGUUCACCAUCUACCUACAGUUUUCAUCUUCAGUACUGCAGUUUAACAUGGCUUCCAUUUUGUAUCUUUAGACUAAAUAUUUAUCACUUUUCUUAUAUCAACUCACAGCUGAUUUUACCAAAGGUUGCAUGUCUGUGGUGUAUAUUUAGUAUGUUUUUUAAUCAGAAUAUAGUUGUUAUCAUUGUUGUUUUAUCAAUAUCGAAUGCAGUUGGAAUUUGUGUGCAAGACUAUGAAUAUGGUAUUGCUGCUUCAUGUUUUAACUUCAAAUUGUGAAUUCCACAGCCUUAUUUUCUUAUUUAUUUCUGAAACAGAAGAGGCAUUUUUCAAUAAAACUACUGAAAAUGUG